UAUUUCAAUGGCCAAUUCAUUAUAUCACAGGCACUGUGAACACUUGUCUAGAACUGUCUGAAGAGGAAUGGGAUCAAGUGAUAAGAACCAAUCUUAAAGGGUCUUGGUUGGUACCAAAGUAUGUGUGCAGACUCAUGCGUGACUCCAAACGAGGUGGAUCUGUUGUCAGUAUUUCUUCAAUUUCAGGCAUUCAAAGAGGGCAACUUCCUGGUGGCCUUGCCUAUGCUGCUUCAAAAGCAGGCAUAAAUAGUUUGACAAAGGUAAUGGCUAUUGAAUUAGGGCCACACAACAUCAGAGUAAAUUCUAUAGCGCCUGGACUUUUUAAAUCCGAGAUAACAGAGAGUCUCAUGCAGAAAGAUUGGCUGAACACUGUAGCCUUCAAAACUAGCCCUUUAAGGACAUUUGGGACUACUAAUCCAGCAUUAACAACACUCGUUCGAUAUUUGGUGGACGACUCUUCUAAAUACGUCUCAGGCAACAUUUACAUCGUUGAUGCCGGAGUUACAUUACCUGGUUUCCCAAUUUUCUCAUCUCUUUGAAUAUCUCUGCUCUGCUCCAAGUAUAUUACACGGCUUAGAACAGUUAACCUGUAACAGCCUAAAUCCACCGCUCCUAGAUAUUGUCUGCUAGGAAAAUAUUUUUUUAGACUGUUCUUCGAUGGCAGCCUCUAGAUUUUGUGUUACUUUUGCUACUUUAAACAAGGUUUAAACCAUA